AUGAUUGACGAGGACGGGAUCGAAGUGCUGAAGGGUCCCAGCACUGAGCGAGCACACAGCAUCGACCCCUGGGACACUUGGAUGCUCUUCGUCAGGCAGAGUGACAAGGGUGUUAACGGCAAGAGAGGGAGCAGAGGCAAAGCCAAGAAGUUGAAGCUCGGCCUGCCAGGGCCCCCAGGGCCUCCUGGCCCCCAGGGCCCCCCAGGCCCCAUCAUCCCACCCGAGGUGCUGCUGAAGGAGUUCCAGCUGCAGCUGAAAGGUAGGGGUGCACGCCACGUGGGCACAUACCCCGGUGUGAGGGGGGCCGGGGGAAGGUCUCCUCAGCAUGUCGGCAGCACCCAAGGAGGCCUCCCCGACGCCGAGGGCGCCUUCCGCCGCGGCCCGGGACUGAACCUGACCAGCGGCCAGUACACGGCGCCCGUCGCCGGCUUCUACGCGCUCACCGCCACGCUGCACGUCGAAACCCCUCCCGCAGCGCUGGCGGAGACGCCAAGGCGAGGGCCGCCGCGACCCCGGGACCGCCUGCGCCUGCUCAUCUGCAUCCAGUCCCGGUGCCAGCGCAACGCCUCCCUGGAGGCUGUCACGGGCCUAGAGAGCAGCAGCGAGCUCUUCACCAUCUCAGUGAAUGGCGUCCUGUAUCUGCAGACGGGGCAGUACACUUCCGUCUUCCUGGACAACGCCAGCGGCUCCCCACUCACUGUGCGAAGCGGCUCCCACUUCAGCGCUGUCCUCCUGGGCGUGUGAGGGCCACCCCAGCUAGCCGAGCUGGGGUCCUCAGGAUCUCUAGACGGGGCUGGAGUGCCAGAGGCCGCGUGCAGGAGGAAGCCCACUGGAACCGCCCACACUGGCCGGCACAGUUCAGCCCAGAGAUGGCCACAACAGCAGCCUGGGGAGGGGACAUGCAAACCCGCAGUCCCGGAACCAGGAAGGGCUUCAAGGCCCAUCUUUUUUAUAGGGGAAGGGCCCUGGUGGGCUGUGAGCCUGGGAACGUGUCUAGCUGGGGUCAGCGCACCCAGGAGCACUUGCUUCUUCCCUGGCUGUGGACCUGGGCCCCUCCUGGCCUCGGGCCGCUUGCCCGCAGCCUCAGCCCCCUGGUUCCCAUCUCUGCGUGUUCUUGCGGGCUGCCAGGCGGGCCAGCACGGAGGGAAAAGCAGGUCUGCCUGCUGGGUGCUGGCGCGGAGGGACAGCCUGCGCAGGGCUGAGGAGCCGAGGGGAGCGAGCAGCGGGAGCAGCGUGGCCAGACUGGUCAGCAGCAGCCUUCCCACUGCUCCGUCUCCAGCUGGGGCUCCUUGGUCCCUGCCUGCCACCCCCAACCAUGCCUUUGGCCUGCACUGACCAGAGAACCUGAGACUGUCUCUGUGGCUCCUAGGCGCAGCAGCCUUGGACACCAGACAGGGCUCAUGGGGGGUGAGUCCAGGCCUGGCUGCCAGGUGUUUGCACUGCUAAUGAGCGUGUGUUCGCCUUGCAGACGGCUCUCCGGAACAGGGGCCGCUCUCCCGUCCGCAGGCCUGAUCACGAGAAAGGUCCCCUUCCUUCCCCAUGGAGGCUCAUUGCUCAGAUCCACCCACCAGGUGAAAGAUCUAGAAACCUUCGCAGACUAGAGGUGGCCAGGCCCUGCCCACCCCACUGACAGCUCCCAAGGCCCGCCCAUGGCCUCACUGGGGCCAGCUAGCUCUGGGGCUCUUCAAAGCCUCUUCCCCACUUGGGUGGUGAUGUGGCCCACGCUCAGACAGCUGGAGGACGGUGCCGAGAGAGAGCUGGCCUUGGGAAAGCCCAGCACAGUCCACGGUGCUGCUGUAGCAGCGACAGGACCUGGGGGGCGGACGACUGUCCCAGAGUAGGUGGUCCCUCCAGAGCCCCCCAGUGCCGGAGGAUUACCCCAACUCCCAUCCUUGCACACUGGGCUAACAGGAGACCUGGUUUCACAGGAUAUUCUGGGGGUCGAGCUGGGUGCAUUCAGGCCUGGGGAAGAGGGGGCGAUGGCUGCUGUCACCUUAACCUUCUGGCUGGCCCCAGAAACAGCAGGUGACCACAGCUAGACCUGCC